UUUCUUGUGGCAAAUGUAGGAUAUGUGGCUGUACUUGGGAAGCCAAAUGUUGGAAAGAGUACACUAUCAAACCAAAUGAUAGGACAAAAGCUCUCAAUUGUUACAGAUAAACCUCAAACUAUGAGGCAUCGAAUCCUUGGUAUAUGUUCUGGCCCAGAGUAUCAGAUGAUUCUUUAUGACACACCUGGAGUUAUUGAGAAGAAAUUGCACAAAUUGGAUUCUAUGAUGAUGAACAAUGUCCGUAGCGCUGCCAUUAAUGCAGAUUGUGUUUUGGUGGUUGUUGAUGCGUGUAAGGAUCCCCAAAAGAUUGAUGAAGUGUUGGAAGAGGGUGCGGGAAACCUCAAAGAUAAGGUACCGAAAUUACUGGUUUUGAAUAAGAGGGACCUGAUCAAACCUGGUGAAAUGGCAAAGAAACUUGAGUGGUACGAGAAAUUCACCGUUGUUGAUGAGGUCAUACCAGUGAGUGCUAAAUAUGGUCAUGGAGUGGAUGAUGUCAAGGACUGGAUACUAUCAAAACUUCCAGUUGGGCCAGCUUACUAUCCGAAGGAUAUUGCUAGUGAGCACCCAGAAAGAUUUUUUGUAGCUGAAAUUAUCAGAGAAAAAAUCUUUAUGCAAUACCGAGACGAAGUUCCUUAUGCCUGUCAGGUCAACGUUGUCAACUACAAAACUAGACCAACUGCAAUAGAUUUUAUUCAAGUUGAGAUUAUUGUUGAGAAAAACUCACAGAAGAUCAUCCUCAUCGGAAAGGAUGGGAAAGGUCUGAAACUACUGGCUACAGCUGCUCGGCUUGACAUUGAAGAUUUCUUGCAGAAGAAGGUUUUUUUGGAGGUUGAAGUGAAGGUAAAAGAAAAUUGGCGGCAAGAUGAAGGACUUCUGAAGCAUUAUGGAUAUGGAGGGCCAAUUCGAGCAUUAUAAUGCUGUGUUUCCAUUGCACUCGAUACAAAUUGCAGUGAAGAUGAUCGUGUAAUUGGAAACUCAUGAUUUAGUGUGCAUUAAGUGAUUAUGUGAUGAUGUUUCUUAUUUGGUAGUGUGAUCAAGUUGGAAAUUGCAGAAGCUUGUCAUCGAUCUUCUCAAUAGCUGGAGUCAGAGAUGACACGGCAUCUGAGGCAACAAAGGACGAAAAGGCAGAGGUGGGUGUGGGGUUCUGUUUCUGCUGCUAUUACACUUGGCACGGCUACCUUAGCAUGGUCUUCUUACCAAUCAACUGUAAAUUGAUCAUCUUCUUACCACGACCAUGCAACCGAGUGAUGACCUUCCAAUCGAAUUGCUAGCUGAAUGUAAUACUGCAUAAGCAAGUCAACAAGAGGUCAGACAUGCCAUCUUGUGAAUACCACCAAUGUCGAGCUAUUCUUUUUCUUGUUGUUGCAUGGUUUCUGUGCCGUAGAGCCUCUAUGCAAUCAGAUGAUUGGGGAAUAGGUAAAGUACUUGGAAACAUUCAAAUCUGCUGGAUGUUUCUUCAAGUAGUUACUGAACUAAGGAAUAGAUAAAAUGUCCUGCUCGUGGAGAGGGCUUUUGGAUUCAACUGAUACGUCACUCGUUUGCAUCUCUACUUUACGGUCCAACUGAUGUGUCAUGCCUCUCUGAGUAGUGCUAUCUGGUCCAGAGCAUCUUCAACUCAGCAUGGGGUUAUGCAACCAAAGAUGAUGACUCAAAAGAAUCAACAGCUGGUAGGGUACGUCUAUAAUUACCUUUGCACAGCUUUAGCAUGGGUGCUAAUUUGAAAUAUUUAUGAUUCUGUAUUUUUUAACCUUUUGAGUACAAUUUACUUUAAUUUUAUUGUAGCUCAAUUCCACCAGUCUAACAAAAUUUAAUUGAGGUGUUAAUGUGUUGAUUUCCCACCCACUUACUGGGUCACUGCUGGAAUAAGAUCAACCUUAAAUCUGAAGGAAUUUUUUUUUUAA